AUGGCACUCUCUCUUUAUUCCAAAAUGCUUCGUGAUGGCAUGUUUCCUGAUAAAUACACAUACCCGUUUCUCUUCAAGGCUUGUGGAUCUCUAGCUAGGAAUGGUCUGGUGCUAGGGAAAUCACUCCAUUGUCAUGUUUUGGAACUUGGGUAUGCGUUGGAUCUCCUGAUCACCUGCUACGCUGCUAAUGAUUGUUGGGAAGAGGGGUUAUUGGCGUUCAACUUUUUGAGGGAUGAUUGUAUGAAGUCAAAUUCAGCGACAUUGGUUUGCGUCAUGGGCUGUUGUGCUCAGCUGGGUGCGUUGGACCAGGCACGAUGUUUGCACUCGGUUUUGGAGAAAUUGAGCAUCAAAUUUGAUGUCUUUGUUGGCAAUUCUCUUAUUGAUUUGUAUGCGAAAUGUGGGAGGAUAGACUAUGCUCGUCAAGCCUUUGAUGAAAUGCCCAAGCGAGACUCAUUCUGA